AUGGACUUCUUCAACUCAGCUCUUGGAAAAAACAUCACUUUUGUGCUUCCUGAAUAUUUCAUAAUAAGUGGAUUUAUUGAAAUUCCUAAUAUCAAUUAUUACUAUGUAUUCCUCUUUUUUGUUUACAUUGUUUCAGUGUUGGGAAACACAGCUGUGAUGGCCAUAAUAUACUUGGACCAUAGGCUGAGAACUCCAAAAUAUAUUGUAGUUUUUAAUUUAGCAUUUGUGUACCUGUGUGGUAGCUCUGCUUUGGUGCCAAAGGUUCUUGAUAUCUUUCUGUUUAACCAUCAGUACAUCCCCUACGCUGACUGCUUGGCAUUUAUUUUUUUCUGCUACACGUGCCUUUCAAUGCAGGUUCUUAAUCUAGUUGCACUCUCGUAUGACAGACUGAUAGCUUUCAUCUACCCACUGCACUACCAAGUGAAGGUGACCCACAGGUUCAUGCUGUCUUUGAUUGCCUGUUUCUGGGUCUUUGUUAUUACUGUUAUACUUAUUGCCGUCGGCCUUCUAACAAGACUUUCCUUCCGUAAGUCUGUGGUUAUUAACAGCUAUUUCUGUGACCACGGCCAGAUAUAUCGGAUGGCCUGCAAUGACUAUAAACCUACUGAUCACUUUAGUUGGUUUUUAGUAGUUCUAAUUCUUUGGCUUCCACUCACAUUUAUUUUGUUUACUUAUUCAUGUAUCGGCUAUGCAUUGUCUAAAGUUGCCACAGUUCAUAAAAGAGUGAAGGCCUUUAAAACCUGCACAGCUCAUCUUUCGUUGGUGGUAAUCUAA